AUGUUUUUGUCCUUUUACAUAACAGACUUGAAGAAUGCUUUGGUGUUCCAGCACCUAUUGAGCUACGACUCUCCAACUUUCAUGUCUUUAUGGACAAAGUUGCAGGCUAUGGCGCCCGAAUCACCAAAUGACGAUAGUUGGUUCAAAGUGAGCAUCGGCAGAAGCUUGCAGGUUUACAGAUUCAAAUCUAAAGCCAACAAGCUUAUCUACUGGUGUCUAGCUACACAUCAGUCAAACCCUUUAGAACCAGCGGUGUUUUUGGAAGGUUUCGACAACACAUUACUACAAUACUUCGACAAAGACCAAUUGACUAUUUCGAAGAUGGUUAACAAUCAGGACCGUAUUGCGUUACUGCUCAAUUGUAUGGUAGACGCCAAUGAACCUGCAGUUACAGAUUUCAACCACCUACGCGAUAUGGUUCCCUCUCGAGAGGAUCUCUCAAAAGUUAUUAACUCCACCGCCUCAUCUCUUAGCAAUAGAAUUUCACAACGCAACACAAGCCAGGUUCUUAAUAUAGGUGAUCCGGCAAAGGGGCCAGCCGCAAAGGAGAAACUGGUGCCCUGGAGAAGUGCGGGGGUCAAAUAUUCCAAUAAUGAACUCUAUGUGGAUGUGGUCGAGACCGUCCAUGUCAUUCUCCGCAAAAAUGAAAAAACCGGCGAGCUGACAUCUGUACGCGGCGUUUUGGAUGGAGUAGUUGACUUUCGCUCACAUCUUUCGGGGAACCCAGUUAUAGCGCUAAACUUACGUCUACGAGGGCACGACCUCGGGAUGCCGGCGCUCCACCAGUGUUGCCUUGAUAGCUAUCAGGGUCGUCCAGAUCAACUACGAUUUGUUCCACCUGACGGAAAAUUUCAGUUGAUGCAUUACAGCAUUGAUCUUGACUCGCUUCAAAGCAAAAGUAAACUUUUUUCAAACAUAGGGCUAGUUAGUCCGGACUAUCGCACAGAGUUAGGAGAUUUGGGCGACGAGUUUGAGGUCAAUUUGAACAUUGCUGGAUCUCAACAUGCCAAAGUUGUCGACGACCUUGUAAUUACUCUGUCGUUUGGACCGCUUCCUAGUGAGUGCAAGAUAAAAGUUUUAAGGAGCACACAUGGUCAUUUUGAGAAUUGCGCUUCAAACAACAUUGGGAAGUGGGUAUUUGACAAGGAAACACCUACGGGUACACUGCCGGUUUUGCGAGGGUGUCUUGAGAAUGCUACGCGAGAACAAGUCAGAGCCCUGCAGCUCUCCGUAUCUUACACCAACAGAGGUGAACUACCAAGUGGCAUCAAGGUGGAUUCAGUCGACAUUCUCUCAGGGCUUUCCAAGAACAUCAAGCCAUUCAAGGGCGUCAAGUACAUUGCGAAGACUGGCGACUUCCAUCUGAGAUGA